AUGAGCGGACAACGAGCUCCGUCGCUGGAAUCCGCAGACAUUAUCCGGGAGAUCCUGCUCAAGCUGUCCACCAGGGACGUGACCCGCUGCCGCUGCGUCUGCAGGCUCUGGUGCAAUGUCGUCGCCGACCCCAUCUUCGGCAGACUCCACGCCGAGGCCGAGGUCGCCGACCACGUCCCCGCCCCGCCGGAGGCCUUGCUCGUCAUGGAGAGCCGCGAGCACGGCAGGUCCGACGAGGCCAGCUUCUUCUGCGUCUCCUCGUCGAAGACCACGCCCAUGCCUCGCCGCGUCGCCAUCCCCAGCGGCUACAGCCUCUCCAACGUCUGCAACGGCCUCCUAUGCUUCGCCCUCGACUCCAUCUCCGAUGCGCCGGCGUUCAUCAGCAACCCUGUCACCGGCGAGACGGCAACACUCGCCAAGGCGCCUCCCUUCAGGAUCUGGGAGCGGGACCCAAAAUCUAUCAUCACUUCGCCUUGGGGCGGUGGCGCUGGUAGGUGGCUCGAGUGGCGCCAAGGAUCGUGCAUUUUCGGCUCCUCCCUGGCGCGCACCUUGCCCCCGGUGCUCGUCGACGGUAAGCUAUACUUGGUGACCGAAGGCCGUCCUAGCGGGAUCCUGGUGGUCGACGUGGCGACCGAGAAGCACCGCAUAUACCCUCUCCCAGUGAGGGUCAACCUGGAACAUGAUCCCUUGGAUCUGUUGGUGAAGGCCUUCGAGAUGAGCGGGCGGUUAUGCCUCGCCGUAAAAGUGCCCGGCUUCCCUCCGACUCUCCAGUUAUGGGUUAUGUCUCUGCCACCGCAGGACCAGUGGGCCGACAGUGACGACAACAAGUUGUGCUGGGAUUUGCACUACAGCUUCACCGCAUACACCAACAAUAAGUGCAUUGUGCAUAGAAGCAGAACCCUCAGGUUGCGUGAAUUGCUGUUCCCUGCCCACUUCGAUUUGGCAAAUACAGUUUCCUGUGCUGGGCCCUGGCCGUUGGUUCGAUAG